GCGCAUAGUUGGGACUAUUCAGUUCCAUGAUACGACACGGGUGUAUCCAUUGGGCCUCGGGAGUGGGCCUUCUGGACCUGAUUCUAAUUUUCACACAUUUGCACGGCGUCUCUUCAUCAUACGAUACCAUGGUUGUUUGAAAGUUUUGUACUGAAGGAGAGGUGGAUUGUACUCUAUGGACAGGACCAACCGGAGGGGAAAACACAUCUACAGAAGGCAUUGCCCGAAGGCGACUUCAACAGCAGGACCUGACACUGACUGGGGCAUGCUGAUGACAAGACAUGGGAGGGAGAAGAAAAACCGGGUGGUGGAAGACCAAAAGUGGGGAUCUCCCGCGAGAACGGCCGAAAGGGCUGAAGAGGUUGAAAAAGCUGGUUUGAAAAGCAAAAAGCGCACGAGAAGGUCGGCGCAGAUGGACCACAAAAGCAAGAUCAUUGCGACGAAGCCAAAAAAAUCCCAAAAUCGUCAAAAGAGUUUAGCAAAAACACGAAUAAAAGUUGGCCAUUCAAUCAAACAUGCGUCUUGUCACAGUGACACUACAAUUCAUUCAUGCUUUCAAUUCAAUGUGCCUUGUGACGCUCAGUACAGGUGUUACCUGGCCUGGACUUGCGCGACCGCGAGCAGAUGACUCGCUGCUGCUACUGUUGACUGAUGGCGGAAGCGCAGACGAAAAGCCCAUGCGCUCACCGCUGGCCGGCACGCUAGAGCUGCGCUCCAUCACGAGCCCGUUUACAGGCACAGGACAGACAGACCGACCGCAUGGGCUCGGCCAUUGCUGAC